GGGGCGAACGCCACUUCCGGCUGCGGCCGCCGGGUCCUGGCGCGCGAUGACGGCCAGCGCGGCAGCGCGGGGGCGGCGGCCUGGCGUCGGGGUGGGAGUGGUGGUGACUAGCAGCAGCCAUCCUCGUUGUGUCCUCCUGGGCAAGAGGAAAGGGUCGUUUGGAGCCGGCACUUUCCAGCUUCCUGGGGGUCAUUUGGAGUUCGGUGAAAGCUGGGAGGAAUGUGCUCAAAGGGAAACCUGGGAAGAAGCAGCUCUUCAUCUGAAAAAUGUUCGCUUUGCCUCGGUUGUGAAUUCUUUCGUUGAGGAAGAGAAUUACCAUUAUGUCACUAUACUAAUGAAAGGAGAGGUGGAUGUGACUCAGGAUUCAGAACCAAAAAAUGUAGAGCCUGAGAAAAAUGAAAGUUGGGAGUGGGUUCCUUGGGAGGAAUUUCCUCCCCUGGACCAACUUUUCUGGGCACUGCGUUGUUUAAAGGAACAAGGCUACGAUCCAUUUAAAGAAGACUUGAAUCAUCUGGUAGGAUACAAAGGAAAUCAUCUCUGGUGAACAAGAGAAUUCCCUGAUUUCCCUAAAAAAAAAACAAAAUAAGGUCUGGUUAGAGAAUGAAAAAUAUUUACAUUUCGGAACAACUCCACUUUAUCUGAAAAGUUCCGUAUGACUGCCAGUGUGUUUGCACUCUCUUAAUAUAUCCACCACCUUUUCAGCUCGUACUUGUGAAAAAUUUUCUGGGAUUUUGUCAUGAAUUGUACUUCAGACUGAGAAAAUGUGAUAAAUGGUGAUACUGUGGUAAUUCCGCUUUCUGUAUUUCUCUGUGAUAUUGACUGCAGUUUGUCAUUGGCAGCGUGCAUGGAGUCGGGUGCAAUAGACUGCCUUUGUGUUUCAGUUGAAACAAAGAUCCUGACUGAAAUGCUAACGCCUGUUGCCUGUUGCAGAAUUUAUCAUGUUUGUUGGUUUUCCUCUUCUGUUUUAUUUAAAACAAAAAUUUUUCGGUAAUAUAUUGUGACAGUCCUUGCAACUAGAGCGAACAGGACAGAUCAUUAGGGUAUAUUUUCCAGAUUUCUGAUCGAGAACCUAAACCAAGAAAAGUGAGACACACAGUCUCGGAUCUGUAUCUCAUCCUUAAGAGGCCAUGUUGGGUUUCUUACCUAAUCUCUAUCAGAUCCAGCUUCCUUAUAUGUAAAAUGAGAUUAGACUAGGGCACUGGUUCUCAAAGUGUGGUCUGAGGUUUUUUGUUAUGGGUUUUUGUUAUUUGUAAAUGAGUUAAUAAAAGAGUUCUUGAAAUUUCUCAAUUUUAAUUCCUAGAGUCUGAAAUGGAAACAGAGGAGUUGCCCUGGCUAAAGAUGGGCACAAAGUCCAAGACUAGGAGGGAAGCUGAAAACUCCAAAUGCCAGUUUACUAGUGGUGAGGAAUAACAAGGAAGGCAAGUUAUUGUAUUGUAGGGAGAAAUCACUACAUAACAUGUAUGUGAAAUGUACCUUAAAAUGCGUUCUGUAUUUUAAAAGAUAUAUAAUUAUGUGGUUGUGCACAUUUGAGAAUACUUUUUUUAGUUGUAUUACUCUUACUUAUUUUUUUAUUGAGGUACAACUCACGUAUAAUAUUAUAUUAAUUUCAGGUGUGCAACAUAAUGAUUUGAUAUUUGUAUAUAUUGCAAAAUGACCGCCACAGUAAGUCUACUUAACAUCCAUCACUUUUACAAGUAUUCACAAAAGAAUACUUUUAAGUUAUGUUUUGUUGUUGAGAAUAAAGUGUAUCAAAUCAGUAGAAUUAGAAAAACUCAACUCACACAGUAAGAAGUUUCAAUCAACAAGACAUUGGGAUGCAGAGAAAGAGGCUGUUUAGAUAAGAUAUUCUUCCAACACCAAGAGAGGUAAGCCAGGAGCACAGCUGGAAGUCCAGCGAGUGGGAGCCAUGGUCUGGCGAGGCCUGCCCUGGGGGAGCAGCUGGGGGGACUUUGGGAGGCACUUGAUCAGAGGAAAAUGAUGAAGAUUAUGAGGAAGGGCUUGAACCAUCCACAGAAAGGGAUGCCUGAAGGCUCCAAGUUUCAGAACUGCUGGGCACACACAUACCUGCCUUUUGUUUCUCCCUCUGCUGUGGGUGCCACCAGUGAACACAGACCAAGCGCUCUUGACCGCACAUUGCUGCAUGCGUCUGUCUUAUCAUCAUUGCUACAUAGAAGGAAUCCUGGGCUGGGAGAGUUUUCAUUUUCUUAAUGGCUUUUGAAUAGGCUGGGUUUAUAAGUACUUAUGGCAGCCCGCUGCCUUAAGAGUUGAAUUCAAAUGGAAGAGAAAGAAUAGGUGGUCAACAGGCUCACUAAUGAAGGAUGCCACAUUGGGCAAGGGGCAAGGAAAUGGUCAGAAUAGAGGAGUGUCAUAAGGUCCUGAGUGGUCAUCCCCACACCCCAGCUACUACUGUGCCUGGCUUUGCUUCCAUGGGCCAUCCCAGGUGAAGUGUGUGGGAGUCUGGCUGACUGACCCAAAGGGCUGGAAGUGUGGCAGCCAGGAGCCAUAGUUUAAGAACUGGUGGUGAGAACUGUGAUAGAAACACGAGUAGCUUGGUAGCUAAUUCUACCCACUAAGAGCUUGUCCUACUUGGCAUCUAGCAAAACAGGCAAGCAAUGAAGCCUAUAAGUAUUUAUUAAGCAAUCUGCUGUGCUAAAUAAAAAAGGCUUUUUGAGUAUCCUUAAUGCCUAGCAUAGCACAUGGCAUAUUAGUAAGGGUCCAUUAAUAUUUGAAUCAAUUUGAAAGAUAAAAUUAGGGAAACGAGAUGAUAGCAAAUUAAAGUGAUAGCAUGUUUUUUAAAAUGUUUUACAUUUGACAUAUAGUAUUUAUAUAGGAUCUCAAUAAAUUAUUACAAAAUGAACACACCUAUGUAACCACCACCUAGAUCAAGAAAGAACAUUUGACAGCACUUGAAAAGUGCCCCCUCCCAAAGGUACACUAUGACCACCAUCUCAUCAUAGAUGAGUUUAUUUUGGAGUUAGCUACGUAGAAGAAUCAUACAGUAUGCAUUUUUGUGACUGGCAUCUUUCAAUUAACAUAAUUUUUGAGCUAUUUAUCCAUGUUGUGUAGCUGUGGUUUAUGAGUUUUCAUUGUGUAUAGUAGUCCAUUGGUUAAAUGUACCAAAAUUUGUCUAGUCUAAUGUUGAUGGUCGUUUGGGUUGUUUCCAGUGUGGAGUUAUUCCAGAUAAAGCUGCUGUGAGCUUGUGCGCAUGCUUUUUCUUUGCACGUGUGUCCUUAUUUCUGUUGGAUAUAAACCUAGGAGUGAAAAGGCCGGGUCACAGAGUAUAUAUAUCUUUGCUAAGAAAUUUAAUGUGCUUAAUUUACAAGGUGACUCUUCAGACUUUGCUGGGGGUAUUAUAUAACAUAUGAUAUAUAAAUCUAUUAAGUUUCUAGAGUAUUAAAAAAUAUCCUAAUCCUGAAAUACGUUUAUACCCAGGGGUUUGGGAUGAGGGGUCGUAGAGCUAUGUAUAUAAAUGCAUGGUGAACAUGUACACAGCAAUUUGAUUCCUUUGAGGUACAUGUGAAAUUUCUAUUUGUUUUUCCAAUGUAUUGCCCUAUCACUGCCCAUAAGAAAGAAUCUAUCUAUUCAUUAGUCCUAUCUGUUUUUCUGCUUGGCUUUAUUUGUUGUUAUGUUCUUUGUCUCUGUUGGUUUAUAAGUGAAAAGCCGUGGAGGGAAGAGGUGCUAAAAUUCUUGGGUGGUGAAUAGCAGUGACUCAGAAGGGUCCUUAAAAGCUUUAGGGCCCUGGUGCUCAAACUUGGAUGUGUGGGCCUCACAUAGGUUCCUGUUCAGCUGGUAAGGAGCAGGUUCUUGAAUCUGCCUCCCAGCAGCUACCCCAGUGAUUCUGAUACACACAUAGCUUGUGGCCACACUUUGAGAAAUGCCAUUUUCAAGACAGUUUGAAGUGUAACUGAUAUGGCCAUUGUACUUGGCACAAGUCUAACAUCCUUAAUAUGGGGGAUGCUUUUCCUAGAGGCAACUGUAGGCUACUGAAGCACCUUAUUUUAGACUUUAGACACUUUGAAUGGAAUCCUAUUGUAAUAAAUUUGACAAAAUAUCAACAUUACUAUUUACAUUUCAUCAAAAUGAAACCCUAUUGUUACACAGUAGAGAGAGGCACAGUACUGUCUUUGUGUACAGAAAGCCUACCCAGGUUAGGAAAAAAAUGAGCAGAGGGGAUUUUGAAAAAGCCCAUUCUUAUAUUGAUGCCUAAAGAUGUUUUUGUACCAAACCUGCAGCUACUGUGUUUUUGAUGACAGAGAAAUGAGUAAUGUUGGGUCAGUGACUUUAUGGAUAAUUUGGUUGUGAGAAAAUAAAGGCCCUUUGUCUGUGAACCA